AUGGAGAAACAGACAGAUGCGAACUCGCCGCACUGGGUUUGCCUUCUCAUCGCCAUUUGGCAGUAUGACAAAGCGGGCGGAUUUUCCAGUUUGGAGCACGUUGAGGAAGAAGCGACGGAAGUGCAUCGAGCUUUGAUUGAAUCAGGGCUUUGCCAGGAAGUUCAUUGCGUAACUGAGCACGCUACCUUUGAGCAGAUCAAGGCGGAAGUAAAGAGUGCCGUGCAGAAGCUGGGUCGUGACUCCAAGCUGCUAGUGGUUUACAUGGGACACAGCCACUGUGGCCCAGGUGGCUUUACCUGGAUAGUCCCGUCGUGCGGUCUGAAAUGGAACAACUGUGUUCUGCUGGAGGGUGAAGUUAAGGCAGAGGCGCCUGUGUGCAGACAGCAGAAGAGCGGGUUCUGCCUCGAUCUCUGCUUCAUUUUCUCCAGCUGUCGAACAGGGUGGGAGCAAAGCCCACUGAAAGGCACCCGAGUGCAUCCAGAUUCGCCUGUGUGGAGCGAUGACGAUACCGUUCAGAGGUUCUACGCUUGUCCCCAACGCCAUCCCAUCAUGGACUAUCCCUUUCUUGGAUUCGCUUUGGCGAGUUUCCUGCGUGCUCGGCCGGACACCUUCGAAACACUUAUGUCCAGUUUGAAAGACGAGAUCAAGUACAUCUCCUUGGGCGAACUGGACCCCGAGCGCGGAGGCGAUCCUCCGCCGCGAGUGAUUCACUUGUAUGUUGGUGGUGCGACGAGCUCCUCGACGACUGAUGCAAUCAUGACUGACUCAGUGCUUGGCUGCUUCCGCAAUGCCGUCUUGUUGUGGCAGCACCUUGUGGACGCAAUAAGUGCUGAGAUGUCAAUGUCAAACUAUGCAGCUACUCGGGAACAUUUGAAGGCAGCAGCAUCGGUCGUGAAACGAGGGCAGCUCGUGCUACCCGACGGCAAGUGGUGGCUUUGUGACAUAGAGUUGCAGUUGCAGGUUCUAGCGACUGACCAACUACUUGGCAUCAGAUCUGUCUUGACCGAGUAUCUUCAGGGAUUACCACCGAGUCCACCGAGACGCGUUGCAGAGGCAGAGAUCAAAAGCUGGGGCAAGAUUCGCAAGGAAACCAUGACUAGAUUUGUUAAAGCACUUUGCGCAGAUGCGACCCGGCUGGGAUCAGACAGGCGCAAGUUGGGCAUUGGUGUGCGGAGGCUUUUGACCAUCUUGGCCAGAUCCUGCCGUGAGAUUUCACCACCAGCCGGUGCCCGAGAAAUUCGCAACGAGGAAGCUAUGCGGGUGCCCGGCGUGGAAGCUAACAACAUGGCUCACCAAGACCACAUCAACUUCAUCGAAGAGUGGUACUCUGUGUGCAAGGAGAUGGGUAUUGACGACAUGGAUCCCAACUAUAUCCUUUACGGGAGCCUUUACAUCUUCAGCCUGACCGGCGCAAUACCCGACGGCCAGAAGCAGCUAUUUUGCCAGAGGCUGCAGGAAAGACUCCGACAACCCGAUCGCCUCAAGGACUGGUCCUGUGCAUUGUCAUUUGCACGGACUCCCGCCUUCCAGCUACCUGCUGACGUGCCGGUCCGCUUGACCAACCUCGUCAGCCUUGCCGAACACUUUCGAGGCCAGCUGGAUCCUGCUCCUACAUCUUGCUGUCUACAUGUACGUGGAUUCAAGGACUUGGUGGAGACGUGGAUUGAUCAGGGCAACUGGGAGGAGGGCAGCAAAUCCGACGACUGGCGGCUCCGUCUCAUCUACGGCGGAGUGGAACUUGCUGAUCGCGAGUGGUUGAGGGGCGCCUCCAAUCUGCAAGUUGUGGUCGAGCCCACGUGGCGAUUCUGGACCCAACACCCAAAGUUUGAGGCGUUGGGUGCGGAGAUGACAGGACUGAUACGUAAACUGUCGACAAAAGCACUCGAUGGACAUUCCUGGGCCGACGAUGAAGCCUUCAUGGACUUGGUGCUUGCGAGCUCCUCGCUGGCCGCCGAAGGGCCUGAGCUCCACGAGCUGGUGUUGCGGGUACUUCGAGGAGCGGAGGCAUCCACGUGCCAGACUCCCCAGGACAUGGAGAUUCAUUUCUGGAAGGAGAUCUUCGCUAGCCCCAUCCCACCAGCACCGGAGUGCCGUGCCUCACCGCUGGAAGCAUCUGGCAGUAGUACUGCCUUCCCGGAGGUCAAGGGUUCGGCGGAGUUGCUCCAGCAGUUCGAGAGACUACCCAGAGCCAAGCUGAUUCUCUUGCAGCUCUUGAGCGUAAACAUCUUUGUUGCUGCUGCGGGUUUCGCACGAGCGAUUGAAGUUCUCCGCGGACUCUCGCAGCCGGUGGCCACGAGAGGGAGUUCCGCCGCUGAUCCCCUCGAGGAGAUCGAUGGCGAACUGGAGCAAACGUUGGAGAAGCUUCGUGACGACAUUGAGAGUGUCGGUGUCGACCGUGCAAUUGACCUCUUUAUCGAGGAGUGGAACUGA